UAGGACAGGACCCUGGCUUGGAGGGGGAGGGGCCGGGCAGAGGUCAAAGGGAAUCUGUGGGCUGGCCUCCUUGUCAGCUGACUCGCUUUUCGGUGCGGAGUUGACCCUCUGCUGCUACACGUGUGCCGGCUGGAGGGUCACACCUGGGGCCAGGACGCCAAGUGGAGCCCUUGGCCCAUUGUGAGGAGCAUCCUCAGCGUCAUUGUGACCCGCUUGCUCCCAGGAGCCCCAGGGACAGGUAAGCUGAGCUGAUGCACGGAGCAGACAUAGUGGGCUGGGGGCCUAGGGGCCCAGGUGGCCCUGAGGACCCCCAUGGCCAUAGCUAAGCAGCCACAGCCUGAGUGGGCAUCGUAUCACAACUCCCCCACCAACAGCUGCCAGGAUCUGGGCAACUCCAUCCUGCUACUCCUGGGCCUCAUCAUCUGCAUCAACAUUGGCAUCAACAUGGUGACCCUGCUCUGGCACAGACUCCGUUGCUUCUUACGCCAAGGGUUCCAUUAUAUUUGUGUGAAAGAAGCUCUUAAGUCAUCCACACGUGGAAAGCAGACCACCCAUCAGCCCUCAAGGAAGAAAAGCCCCCCUCCAGUCCAUCUCCGCUGCACCAUGGACCCUGUGAAAAUGUCUGUGGCCCCCCCACCCACGUGCCGCCACCGCCGUCGAGACACUCCGAUGCACCGUGCCCACCACCUGGCCAACUGGUGCCCCGACACCGACGAUGACGAUCAGCACCCGGCAAUCUGCUCCCACAACUGGGAUUGCUCGGACCACUGGGAAGGCUUCCAAGCCACCCAGGGAGCCUGGGACCCCUGGGCCCAGGACGCGAUGGGGCCACCUGCCCAGACCAUCCGCUUCCAGCAGACCGUAUCAGAAAGGCCCCUCAAAACAGAGGUCCGGUCAGAGAUGGACCUAGAGGCCUAUGUGUACUCCGUGAACCCCCCACCGCCCAGCCACGAGGCCCUAAACCAUAACAACAGUGGGGUGGCGGAGGAGGACGCGCCCUGCCCGCCGGCCCCACCGCCUGUUCUGGGCCCAGCGAUCGUCCCGGAUAUUCCCCGUCGACGAUCCUCUUUCCGAGUGUCCUAUGAUGCCCGGGACGUGAGGCGGCGGCUGCGGGAGCUGACACGGGAAGUGGAGGCCCUGUCCCACUGUUACCCCAUGCCCUCCAGGUCCAACACCGCCGAAGGCACGAGCCAGGCCUGGGUCUACCGUCCCCUGGCGGGGAGGUAA